AUGAACCCCUCGCACAGGUUCGCCCUGGCUGCACUCAAGGGCAGCACAGCAGCAGCAGCACCCGCCUCCCCUGCUUCCUCCCCACGGCAACCACAAUUCUCCUGGGUGGUCGAGCAUUUCACCAAUGACAUGAGCUCUCUCCUCACCGGCGUCCAAUCACUGCACACCACGUCAGCCUACUCCUCUGUUGACCUCUCCCCACUCUUCCGCGCCCUCGCGUCAGAGUCGCAGCGCUCAGCUGAUCGUGGCCGUUCAUUGCGCCUGAUUCUCUUUUACUGCCGUUCUUCUUGCAUCCCCGGCCCUCCUCCCAACCGCGCCCCUCGCCCUGCCGUCCCCUUCACUGCCGACUGCAUCUACUGGCACGACCGCCCCAACAAUUUCAACUGCCCGCAAGAAGUUUUCGACGGGCUGACCGCUGCCCUGGAAGCAGUUUCCGUGCCCGAGCCAUACAUCUGGGAGAACAGCAGCAACUCUGCCCGGUAUAUCUUCCGAGCGACAUCCUCGUUAUUAGCGCACCCAGCACAGCGACAAGCCGACGACUACCUAUCCAUGCCCCGGGUUCUGGACUCAGGGCCCAGAAACGCCCCGCUGGGAGAGGGCUCUGUUUCAGGUGUACCUGGUGCAGGUGCAUCUGGGGCAGGUUUAACUGGUUCAGGGGCACCUAACACAGGGUAUUACUCUGGAGGUGCGGGUGGGUUGGAAGCGGUUUAUGAUGGCAAUGGGGAAGAGAAGGGUGAGAGGGUUGAGAGGGGAGGGAAAGGAGAGAAAGGGGAGAAGGGUGAGAAGGAGAGGUCAUCUGGAGGCUCGUUAUGGAGCCGGCUCGGACAGGGGAAGAAAGAUGCUCAACGUGACGUGCAGUGA